AUGGGCAUCAAAGGCAUUUACAAAGAAAUCGGGCCCGGGCAACGCAUCUCCCUCACCGCCCUCGCCACCACCCACCUCGAAACCACCGGCCGCCCCCUGCGACUCGCAAUCGACAUUUCCAUCUGGCAAUUCCAAAUCCUCGCUGCGCGGGGCGGUUCCAACCCAGCAGUCCGCACGCUCUUCUACCGACUCGUGCGCCUCUUGGGGCACGCAAUCCAACCGCUCUUCGUCUUCGAUGGGCCCAACAAACCCGCCUUCAAACGCAACAAGCGCUCCUACAGCUAUGGCAACAGCCACGGCGUGGCGGACGCCAUGGCCAAGCGCAUGAUUCGCUUGUUUGGCUUCAUGUGCCAUGAUGCGCCUGGUGAGGCCGAGGCCGAGUGUGCGCUCCUGCAGAGGGAAGGGGUGGUGGAUGCGGUGUUGAGUGAGGAUGUGGAUACCAUCAUGUUUGGGUGUCGCAAGACGCUGAGGAAUUGGAGCGCUGAGGGGGCGAGAUCAUCCAAGACGCCGACCCAUGUGAGUGUGUAUGAUGUGGAUGAGAGGAAGGGGGGCAUCAAUGGGUUGGAUCGGGAGGGGAUGGUGUUGGUGGCGUUGAUGAGCGGGGGCGAUUACUUGCCUGAGGGAGUACCCGGGUGUGGUGUGAAGGUCGCUUGUGAGGCGGCGAGGGCUGGCUUCGGCAAGGAGCUUUGUGGCAUUAGGAGGGCUGAUGAGGCUGCGCUGGAGAGGUGGAAGGAGCGGUUGACGAGAGAGUUGAGGACGAAUGAGAGUGGGUUUUUCAGGACGAGGCAUAAGGCGUUGGAUAUCCCGGAGGGGUUUCCGAGCUUGGAGGUGUUGAGGUACUACACCCAUCCGGUGGUGUCGAAAUCGGAGACGGUGCAAAGGCUGAAGAGACAGUUUCCGGGGAAGCAAGACGUGGAUGUGGAGGGGUUGAGGGUGUUUGUGAGGGAGACGUUUGAUUGGGAGUAUCGGACGGGAGCUGUCAAGUUUAUUCGUGUGCUGGCACCGAGUUUGCUUGUCCAGUAUCUGUUGCAAAGGUCCGAGGGUGAUGAUGACACUGAUGAUCUCGGUCGUAAGGAGAAAGAGGAAGCAGUGCUCGUCAAGGGGAUCAAGAGCCGGAGAACGCAUCUUAGUACGGAUGCGACUCCCGAGCUGAGGAUAUCCUAUGUUCCGAUUGAGAUUGUUCCGUUGGAUCUGGACGCUGAGCCUGAAGAGGAUAAUGAGGGUUUCGGUCGGGGUGGGCUGGCUCUCAACAGCGACGAUGAGUUCGAUGCUGAAGAUGAACCGCCAGGUAGCACCCAAGGCGGCAGCGGCGCGAAGCCGUUCGAUCCAUUAAAGCCUGACCUUGCUUGGAUUCCGGAAACAGUUGCUAAACUGGGCGUUCCUCUGACAGUAGAAAUCUGGGAGGAGAAGCAACGGGCAAAGGAGUUGAAGGCUGCGAACAAGGGGACAAGAAAAGCACAAACGACGAAGCGAACAGGAGGAAUGCCUGCUGCCGCGUUGGAAAAGUACGUCAAGGUCACAAAGGGGUCGGCAACUGCUGGCACUGUCACGAAGUCAACGAGCGAUUACUUAUCAUUGGAUUCAUCACCUCCCAGGUCAUCACAUAUUGCCCCGCCCAGGUCGUCUUACGUCCCUUUUUCCAGUCAGCAACUUCCUCCGCUUUCGUCAGAUCGUUUCGAGACAGCAACAACUACCUCUCUCAAGACCACAACAAGCAAAGGUACCACAAAGACAUCUUCCUCCCGGACUACCAGCAAAAAGACAGCAGCUACAUCACGACCACCAGCCGGCAACCCUUGGUCACUCGCCGGUUCACAAGCAAGCACCAAGAUCACGAAGAACAUUGCAUCUUCUCAACCAACAGCAAAACAAAGCCUUUUCGACCACGAACCUAUUCUGAUCUCGUCCAGUCCAUCGGUUCCCGGAAAGAGAUUGCCAAAUUCCCCACUGGAGAACAACAGGCCGUUUUCGCCAGAUCCAUUUGGCAGUAGUCCGCCGCGGAUUGCUCCUUGGAAGGAAAGGCUACCGGCAACAAGAACGACGUCAGAUCCCACACGGCACCCUUCUCAAAGAUCUAUGCGCGAUGAAGAACCAUUACGGUGGCGAUCUCAGUCAUCAGCAUUAGCAAGUUCACCGAGGAAGGGACCGGCGUUUGGCAAAGACAAGACGCCCACCAAGCAAAGGUCAAUCCUGGAUUUUGGAUACCCUUCUACUACCAGGGAGCAAGCUGGGUCCAGGUUAUUUGGCAGGACACAGAACGCGGUCCUGCCUUCGACGACGGGUAAGACGUUUGACCCGCUAUCGGAUGAUGACGAGGAGUUUGAGAGAACAAUGCUUGCAUCACUGAAGAGCAGUAGGCUAAAGACCUUUGAUCCUAAACCACCACACCGGGUAGGCACCUCGUCCUCGUCUUCAUCACUUUUGCCUAGGAAAGAACAUAACAGAUAUGCACGUCAGGACGAGACCGACGAAGAUGCCGAGCUCGAGAAAGCAAUUCAGGCGUCGCUCAAGGAUAUCCGACCGACGAGUUCAGCACCUGUUGCUUUCUCUCGAACGCAGGCUCACUCUCCCUUAUUCCGGAGACACAAGGCCGACCUCAGUAGCCUCCACGAAGAGGAAGACUCGGAUGACGAUGACUCGUUUGUCUCCAUCGGAUCAUUGACUCGUCAAAAGUCGCCGUCCCCGUUACGACCACGAGCGGCAGCGACUCUCUCGCCCUCAAUAUCAGCAAGGAGGGAGCUAGCGAGAGAGAAGAGAUCCUCGCCGGCUUUAAGAUCAUCACCGGUUCCAUCUCCAAGAACAUUCCAGCGAACAGAGAAUACUAGGAGCAAUCUCUUGAGCAGCAAAUGGGACUGGAGUGCCCUGGAAGAUGAUGCUGGACAUGGUGCACGGGCAACCGGCGCUGACAGGACGCUUAGGGAAGCAAGUGAUGGUUCCUCCAGAGCGACUCCAAAGAGAAGUCUCUUGUUUCCUGGCCUGAACCAGGAUUUAGCAGAAGACGAGGUCACCAUUAAAGAGAUGCGACAUCAGACUGCAAGGGAAGGUAGCGGUAGAAGAUGGCGGUUGAGCGAAGCAUCGGUUAUUGAUCUCACCGGUGAUGAUUGAGUGCAUAGAUAUUGUAUACCUUUCUGGCUAUAUAGUUAGGAUUGUUAGUAUAAUCAAUUUUGGUAAUAUCGUUG